GGCUGCACUGAACGUAAUUCAUUUAUGGACGUUCAGAAAAUUGACAUCACGGCUGCAAGGACAUAUAAAUAAGCAGCACAGGGCAUGUUGGAUCGACUGCAGCAACACUGACAGGAGCAUUCUCAGCUCCUCUAACGGCACAGCAGAAACUGGAUUUUGCAAAGUACACUGAGAAACUCCUUUUUAUAAAGCAGUUCUGAGAACAUCUGAGAGACUUUAUUUUGCCUUCAAUUGUGUUUGCAAUAUCUUCAAAGAAGCAUGUGCACGGGAGGUUGUGCCAAGUGCCUGGGAACCGUUCUCAUCCCCCUGGCUGUGCUCUGCACCCUCGCUAACAUUUUGUUGUUUUUCCCUGGAGGAAAAGUGGCUCAAGACAAUGGACACAUUACAGAUGAGGUCUGGUACUUUGGAGGGAUCUUGGGAUCCGGUGUAUUGAUGAUCUUCCCUGCCUUGGUAUUUUUGGGCCUUCAGAAUAAUGAUUGCUGUGGAUGCUGUGGUAAUCAGAGCUGUGGAAAGAGGUUUGCGAUGUUUUCCUCUAUAAUAUUUGCUGCAGUUGGACUUCUGGGAGCUGGAUACUGCUUUAUUCUGUCAGCAGUGGCCCUAAACAAAGGCCCUAAAUGUAACACUGGAGGCAGCUGGACCUACCCUUUCACGGAUGGGGAUUACCUCACUGACCAUUCAUUGUGGAACAAGUGUCUGGCACCCGAAAAUAUUGUCGUAUGGCACCUGACCCUCUUCUCCCUGCUGCUGAUCAUGAGUUUGAUCCAGGGUGUGCUCUGUGGUAUUCAGGUGGUGAAUGGGCUGUUUGGAACCCUCUGUGGGGACUGCAAAUGCUGUGGAUGUUGUGGGGGAGAUGGAACUGUCUAAAGAAUAUGAAUAUUGCAGACAACCCUCCUCACCUUGAGAGAUCCCUUCUGCAGCCCUCCACAGGGCAGCCCUGAGAUGCACUGGCUCUGGUCAAGAAGAUGAGAAUGAAGGGCACUUCCCUUCACCAAUGUUAUGAAGCCCUGACUCCCUUUCUAGCCUUUGUGAAACCCCUCAUCGUGGAAUAAAAUAAGUGAAAUUCAACUCUCA